AUGUCUGGGUUCUUUUUCUACCUGCUUCUCUUAGGUGCUCUGAGUUCCUCGGACAGCGCUGAUCCAGAAAGAUCCAGGCUGAUAGUCCGCCUCCUGGACCCCUCGGUGCACCGCGGGCUGUCUGCCCCCAUCCUUCCCCACCCCCACGCCGUGCGCUCCCAGCCCGAGCGCCUGCAUCUCUGGGCAUCCCUCUCCGCAUCCCGGUCCUCACUCUCCACCCCAAGCCGCUCCAGCCUCUGCUCCCCUGCGCAGGCCCAGAGCCCUAGCAACCCACUCCAGCCCCGUCUGGGGCCAGGGCCACAAGUCCGAAGCCCACCGCGCCUGGCAGAGAUGGACGGAUGCCUCCUGCACCCCACCCCCAAGCCCCGGGGCCCCGAGCCCCCGCGCCCCUCCCCCAGCAGUCCUGCAGCGAACCUCCGAACCUCUCAACAUCAGCACCGGGCCCAGCACGGCCCCGCCCCGCUCCGGCUCCUAUUGGCUCUCAGAGGUGCCCCUCUCCCCAACUCAGGUUGUCUCCAAGGCAACGAGGACCCGCCUUCUUCGGGGGGAGGGGGUUUGUUGGAGGGUACUGUCAGGGAUCGGAGGGCAUUUCUUAACCUCAACUGGUUAAGAAAAGGGAGCGUCGCUGAACGAAGGGCAGAAAAAUACAAGUCCAGAAUUGGAAACGUCUGUAUAGAUUUAGAACUGGAAGGUGCCUUGCGUCGUCUUGUCCACCUGAAACAUGAGUCCACUCUACAACCUCUCAGGCCACGGAAGCCUUUCAAGAAGACUGCCAUUCCUGGGGUGACCAUCAGACAGCUGGUGGAUGAGAUUCCAGAAGGAUGCAGCACUCCCAAUUUUGAGCGGAAGCCCGUCACGAUGGCUCUGCCAGAAGGGAAAAAUGCCAUCUUCCGGGUUAUGGUCUCUGGGGAGCCUAGACCUGAGGUGCAAUGGUAUCGUACCAAUGGCGAUCUCAGUGAUCCCAGCAAGUACAAAAUCUCCCAACCAGGAGGCAAAGAACAUGUACUCCAGAUCAACAAGUUGACAGGAGAUGACACAGACACCUACCGCUGCUUGGCUAUGAAUGAAUAUGGAGAAGCUAUGUGCUCAGCAAAGCUCACGGUCAUUGAAGUUGGCUUCCGGAAGAAUCGGAAGAGACACAAUGAGCCCCAGGAGGACCACAGGAAGGAGAUUAUGGACUUCCGGAAGAUCCUGAGGAAGCGGGCACCUCCCCCUCCUCCAAAGAAGAAGAUGGACCUGGAGCAAGUGUGGCAAUUGCUGAUGAAUUCUGACCGGAAAGACUAUGAGCGGAUAUGUAUGAAAUAUGGGAUUGUCGACUUCAGGGGGAUGCUUAGGAAGCUUCAGCAGAUGAAAAAGGAGCAUGAAAACAAGAUGUCUCAGUAUGUCCAUGCCAUCUCCAACCUGAGACACAUCAAGGUCACCAAAGAUGGACUUGCGACAUUUGACCUGGAACUUGAUCUCAAGGAUUUUGAUAGCAAAAUUUACUUGUACAAGGAUGGUGAGAUGAUUCGCUUUGGUUAUGGCAAUGAGACCAAACACUGCUUGAGGCGCCUGGGAAAGCGCUACUAUUUCUACAUUCAGGACCUGCGGCCGGAGGAUGCUGGCAUCUACCAGGUCAAGGUAGAAGACGUCGAGGUGUUUUCCACUGAAUUAGAGGCAGAUGCCAUCCCUGCCAGGGUUGUGGAUCCUCUGGUUGAAACUCGAUGUAAGGUGCAGGAAGAUGCUGUAUUUGAAUGCACCCUCUCCAGUCCCUGCCCACAUGCCUUCUGGCAGUUUCAACACCGGCCCCUCCAGCCCAGUGACAAGUAUGAGGUGUCUGUGUCUCCUGAUGGCCUGACCCACCGGCUGGUGGUGAGAGGGGCCCAGCAUUCAGACAUGGGCCUUUACUCUCUUGGCACUGGCCUCCACUCUUCCCGAGCUUGGUUGGUGGUAGAAGGUGAGAAAGACAAAGGUUUCCUGCCUUCAAGAGAGGGAAAUACAGAUGAUGAUGGCAACAAUGGAAGAAAUAGGCUUCAAGCUGAAGACUCCCAAUUUUCAGACAUACAGGAUUCAGGGAAACUCAUAAAGGAAGUGAAACCAGGGGAUUGGAGUUACCUGGGAGGAUCUGUCAAGGAUGAUGGUCUCCCCUGUGGUCACAUCACAGAACCAUCAGGUCGCUUUUCCAAGGGGCUAACUGACAUGGAAGCCAAGAAAGGUGAAGAUGCUGUGCUCUCUUGUACCCUGACCAGCAACCUGGUACCUGGUGCCUGGUUCAAGGAUGGAGUGAAGCUCACUGCCCAAGAUGGGGUCAUCUUUGAGCAAGACGGCCCCAAUUACAGACUCCGAAUACCCCAAGUGCAGGAGACCCAGGCUGGAAAAUACAUGUUUGUAUCUGGGGAUCUCAUGAGUGAGGCCACUCUGACCAUCCGAGAACCCCCAACUAUUGCCCAGGAUAUGCUGGAGAAACUGAAGGAGCCAUGGGUGGUCAAGGCAGGAAAGACUGUUGCAGUGAAGAUCCCGUUUUCAGGAGAGUCCCCUGUUCAAGCUUCCUGGAGGAAGGACGGGGCAGAAGUGGAGGGAGGCAGCAGGGGAGCCCAGCUGGACCAGGGGGAUAACUUCACUCGCCUGUGCCUCCCCAGUGCUAGUCGCAAGGACAGUGGAAAGUACACCGUGCAGCUGAAGAAUGCAGGGGGCUCGGUGGAUGCUCGACUCACUCUGGAGGUCAUAGACAAGCCUCAGCACCCACAGGGCCCUCUGAAGGUCCAGUACUGUAAGGGGGCGGGCAUCAACCUGAGCUGGCAGCCUCCGAGGGAUGAUGGGGGCCGAGCCCUGCUGACUUAUGUGGUGGAAAGGCAGCAGGCUGGUAGGACCACUUGGCUGAAGCUUGGUGAGACCCCUGGAAAUGUCACCACCUUCUCUGAUACCCAAGUGGAGGAAGGAAAGAAAUAUACCUUCCGAGUACGGGCAGUGACCUCGGAGGGUUCCGGAGAGGCACUUAUGUCAGAGGAGCUGCUGGUGGCUUCUGAAGCUCGUCCUAGACCCCCUCCAGCUCCAACCAUUACAUCUGCUACCAGCCAGGGCAUUACCCUGACAUGGACAGCACCCAAGGGCCCAGGAAGCGCUCACCUCCUAGGCUACUUGAUUGAGAAGAGGAAGAAAGGAAGCAACACCUGGACAGCUGUCAAUGACCGGCCUGUUUCCGAGAGGAAAUGGACAGUAACAGACCUGCUGCAGGGCUGUCAAUACGAGUUCCGAGUGACUGCCGUGGGGGCCUCUGGCCCUGGGGAGCCUGGACCCCCAUCAGAUGCUGUUUUCGCUCGAGACCCCAUGAGACCCCCUGGCCCUGUUCAGAAUCUCCAAGUGACUGACACAUCCCACACCAGCAUCACAUUGAGCUGGGCUAGACCAGAUGCCCAGGAUGGGGAUGAAGUUCAGGGCUAUCUGGUGGAGGUGAAGAGCUCAGAUAGUCUCCAGUGGAGCUGCUGCCAUCCUGGCACUGUGAGUGGCACCACCUACACUGUCAAGGGGCUCCGGCCACAGGAGGCCUACUUCCUGAGGGUAACAGCUGUCAAUGAUGGGGGUCAGGGCCAGCCCACCACUCUGGACACCUGUAUCCAGGCCAUGCCUGCAUCUAUCUCUCCCAAGUUCCUCAUGGAUACCACCACCACAGACUGCGUGACUGUCAGGUCGCAGGACAUGGUCCGAGUUCCUGUUUUCUUUGAGGCUUCCCCCAUGCCUGAGGUGAUUUGGCUGAAAGAUGGGCUGCCCCUAUCCAAGAGGACAAUCACCACCAUCAAAGAUGGCCUCACUCAACUUCUAAUUCCAGUGGCCAGCCUCUCAGAUAGUGGCCUCUACACCGUGAUGCUGAGGAAUCUACCGGGGAAAGAGGUGACCUACAGCUUUGUCAUCCGAGUGUCAGCAUCUCCUGCUACCCCAGGGCCCAUCCGGCUGGAAGAGAAUGUCCCUGGGACUGUGACAGCAGUGUGGGAGCCACCUCCAGAUGAUGGUCAGGGUGGCUCGCUCUAUUACACUGUGCUAACACGCUCCUCAGCCAACGUUGCCUGGCAGGAGGCAGGGGACCGGAUCUAUACCAAUCGUUUCACUCUUGCUGGCAUCCUCCCUGGCCAUCAGUAUUACUUCCGAGUUGUGGCUAAGAAUGAUCUGGGGACCAGUGAACCCUCUGACACUGUGGAGCCCUGGAGCAUCCCCCGGCAACGAGAUAAGUUCAUGGUGAAGAUGCCAAACUUCAAGGAGCCAAAUCUGAACCAGAAGCCCUAUUUCCUGGUCAAUCUACGAACCCACCUGCUGCCCGAAGGCUGUGAAUGUUGCAUGAGUUGUGCUGUGAAGGGAGAGCCUAGACCCAGAGUCACCUGGUUCAAGGAUGAUGAGAGCCUAGAAGACAAUCCCAAUGUAUAUAGUACAGAUGUCCUGGGCGUCUGCUCCUUGGUCAUCCCCAGUGUCACCCUCAAGGACAGUGGCAAGUACAAGGCUGUGGCUGAGAACAGGCUGGGCCAGGCAGUCAGCACAGCCACCCUCAUUGUUACAGAAUCCUGCUUCUAGUGUGACUGGCACCAUGAUGAGCCUGCCCAUCCCUGCAAUGCAAAGAAUGGAUUCUCCCCAG